AUCGCCGCCCCCGUCCCCACCACCACCUUGUAGCGUCAUCCCCACAGACCUUGACAGCCCAAGCCAACACACAACAGCCACCGAUCACCACACUAGACACUUAAGGAAGCUCACAAGAUGGCCGAAGAAAAGAUCACAACACUUUCUUCAGAUGUAGAAGAACAAGAAGAGAAAGAUAUGUCGUACGGAUUGUUCCCAUCUAAGGAGGAAGAAGAUACAGACCAAGGUGGCCCGAUCCUCGGUGACGAUUCCUUACAAUCUCGGGGAGAACGUAAGGCUCGCAAGGCGCUCUCUAAACUCGGUCUUAAGAAAGUCCCUGGGAUCUCUAGAGUGACUAUGAGACGCUCUAAAGCUCAACACUUUUUUGUGAUAGCGAAUGCGGAAGUAUACAAAUCACCACACUCGAACUGUUACAUAGUAUUUGGGGAAGCCAGAACGGAAGAUGCGGCAGCAGGUUUAGGGAACUUGACCGGCGGCGGUGGAGGAGGAGCGAUGGGAGGAGGGCCGAACGCAGGAGGUGGUUUCCAACCCGAGAUGAUGAUCUCGAACUCGGCUGCCGGUAAACAGGCGGCUAAUAAACAGAAGGAUGAGCCGGAGGAUGACGAGCCUGAGGACGCUACUGGAAUCGAUGCCGAAGAUAUCGAAACCGUUAUGGGCCAGGUUAAGUGUAGUCGCAAUAGAGCCAUCCGAGCGCUCAAAUCAAGCGAUGGGGAUCUCAUUAAUGCUAUCAUCUCUGCUGCUUAAUACCUUGUGUAAAUACAUACAUACAAAAGAAAAGAAAACAAACCACAUUUGCAGUGCCAGUAACUUAUAGGCUUAGAUACGUUACACACAGACACACUUAAACAGACAUUGUUGAGCGAUGCUUUUGUUUUCUUCAAUGCUCCUUAAUCGACUCGUCUCAAAUAUCCUUCUAAGCCUCGUCCAUCUGCCUCCUUCAUCACCCGCUUUUUUCGUUAGAGAACCUUACUCCGUUAUACAUCAACUAAAGCUUCGUUUUUAAGUUAAUCACACAAUCUGUGAGGGUUUUUUUCAGGGUUCAAAUGGAAAUCAGAUUGGUACAAUGCAAUCAUGCCAGCAUCUGAUGUCUCAAGACUCUGUUGAGGCCGCUCAGACUCC